GGUGUAUAUAUAGCGGAGAUUUGAAGCUGGAGUCACAGGACAACCAUUUCGGUCUUUGAAGCAACAACUUCUCUCAGCGCAAUGAAGACUAUCGCACUCCUCCUCGCGUGUGUGGCUGUUGCCUCCGCUCAGCGUCUCGGCCCCGGUGGUCUCGGCGGAGUCGGAAAUUUCCCCACUCAAACUACGGUCACAAACUGGGGUAAUCAGGUCUAUGGCCCCGGUGCCAAUAACCGGUUCGCUUUCCCCCCUAACCCUAUUCUGAUGCGAAGAGCCAUCCAGAUCGCCAAUUUGGACCCUAACCUUUUCGUGUACCUCGACAUCGACGGAUCCAUUGAGUUCCGCGACAGGUUCGGCAACGAGCCCGAGGAGCACCCCCACCGCUUCGACUUCACGAAGCUCCUUGAACUCUAAGCUUCCCCCUUACUUAGCUCUUCCCUUGCUUCGAGCGGCCGUGGGUGUUCUCACUGCGAGCACCCAGUCGCCACAGCUCUUUCUUUCCUCUCUGUGGAUUAGGGUUUCUAACACCGAUUGACGACCGUUUCUAUUCCUCUCUUGUAAGAAAAAAAAGAAGAAAAUUUUUGUUUCUCAGAUUAGUAAGUCUUACAGUCACAAAAUUUACUUUCCGUCCGUCUUUGCCAUCUGUCUUGCAUCAAUACCUGUGCAUAUUUAUUGCGCCUUGCAUUUUUUUUUCAACAAAGGCCUACUUGUUACCAGUCGGCCUAGCUCUGUUUGACCGAACUGAUAGCCUCAGUAAGGCGAGCUGCUUUCACUUCCGCUGCUCUCGAAGGAGGAACAAACAACAAAAAACAGCUGAACAUUUGCUGUUGAGUCCUCGUUGCAGCCGGUCAGUGCGAGUUGGCGUUCUUGCUGUAGGAGUUUUGGUUGCCCUGUAUUUAUAAAAAAAAAAUAUAUCAAACUUGCCAUUUCUAUAAUUGGAACUAAUCAGAUGAUGUAAAAAAUACUUGUAAAUAAACAAAUUAUGGUAAA